UCUUCGAAAUCCGAACUCCACCUGGACUGCUUCUCUUCCACUUUCACCUCCUCCUUGGUUCCUUUUUUGUUAUGUUUUUCCCUUAAAUUUCCCCAAUCUCUGCCAAAAUAAGCCAGCCUCCCAGCUCCAAUCCCAGAUCCCCCAUCUUCAAUUGUGAUAAAAGGAAAAAGAACGAUCGGCGUUCGGCGUAAACAGGGGAAACAGACUGUCGCAGAGAAAUGGGGAUAUUUUAUGGGAUGGUGGCGAGGGGGCAGGUGGUGUUGGCGGAGUUUAGUGCGACGCAGACGAAUGCGAGCACGAUCGCGAGGCAGAUAUUGGAGAAGAUGAAAGAAGGAAAGAACGAUAGCAAUUCUUCGUUUUCGCAUGAUCGGUAUAUUUUUCAUGUCAAGAGAACCGAUUGCCUCACCGUUCUUUGCAUGGCCGAUGAUGCCUCCGGAAGGAGAAUCCCUUUUGCUUUCCUUGAAGAUAUCCAUCAAAAAUUUGUUAAGACCUAUGGUCGUGCCAUUCAUUCAGCCUCAGCUUAUGCAAUGAAUGAUGAAUUCUCGAGGGUCCUGAGUCAGCAGAUGGACCAUUUCUCAAAUGAUCAGAAUGCCGACAGAUUAAACCGUUUGAAAGGGGAAAUGAGCCAGGUACGGAGCGUAAUGAUUGACAACAUUGAGAAAGUUUUGGAGAGAGGCGACCGCUUGGCGUUGCUCGUUGAAAAGACGAGUGCAAUGCAGGGGAAUACACUUCGUUUCAAGAGGCAAGCUCGUCGUUACAAAAAUGCUUUGUGGUGGAGAGAUUGUAAAUUCACUGCGACAUUGAUACUACUGGUUCUGUUGGUCAUCCUUUAUGUUCUGCUCACAUUUUUUUGUGAUGGACUCUUUUUGUCGUCGUGCUUGAAGUAACACGGCAGCGGCUUCCAUGGUUUGUCACAUUUUAUGGUAUAUUGGAAAUGCUGUUCAUGGAAAAUCUGGCCAUAACAUUUUCACAUGUUUAGCAGAGCGUCAGCCAUGUUUCUGUAAAUGCCUGUAAUGAUUUUGGUUGUACAAGUUUAGAAAUGUUGGCAUAAGAUAAUACAUACUCAAGCCCUACUGCCAAAGUUUGCCAA